AUGGCGACUGACGACAGAGAUGUGUCUGUCCUGGAGAACCUCCUUCCAGAAGAACCAGAUCAAAACGACGAGAAAGUAGGCCACAACACUCAAAUCUCCAGUCUUGCCUUGUCGCCGUCGUCGUCGCCGUUGCGUCUGAGGUCGUUUCUCCCGUCCGCAUAUCUCCUCAAAUGUCUUCUCUUCAUCACAAUCGCAUCGGUCGUCUUGCUCGUUGUUGCGAUUCCGCGAGAAUGUCAAGCAAAAGCGCCAGUCGGCUGGAUAGACAUUGCCCCAGACUCUGACGCCACGAUAUUCGACAGUUGA